AUCUGUGUUAUACAGCGUAAGAUAUUGGCCUGAUGUGUACAGAUAUAUGAGUGCUAAUAUAACAAUAACAAGAAUACCGAAGAUUUCUGAAUUAAAUCAAACUGAUUUUGUAAGUGAUAUAACAACUGAAGAUUUUACAUCAACAUAUGUUUAUGAAUACACUUUAUCGUCAAUAGAUGUCGUUGAUAAAGAUGAGUUUGAUUACUUUGAUUUUCCAAAAAUAAAUAAAAGGGACGUUCCAAUAGUUGAUGAAUACAGUGAAGUAUUGAAUUCUUUGUUUGAUUAUACUUUUAUAAUAAAUGAGACAAAUACUAUGAAUAAUUUGGUAGUUGAAAAUGAUGUGUUUGAAGACAAGAUUCGAUUCGACAAGAAAAAUAUAGAAAUAAUAAAUGAUGAAUAUAAUUUCAAGCGAAGGACAAACCAAUGUCAGCAAAACGACCAGUGCAACUUCAACUCCAGUAAUGAUAUAGCGAGCACCGUGUUCCCCUGGAUUGCAACAAUCUUCUUGAAGAAUGGAACAAGUGACCAGUUUGAUUAUUACUGCGAUGGAGUAUUGCUUAACGAAAAGGCUAUACUUACAUCUGCUCAGUGUGUGAAUAUAAACGAUACAACAGUAAAUGCCGACCAUGUGAUUAUUAUAUUAGGGAAAAGAUCUUUACUGAUGAUGGGUGAUAAAGAAAAAGUUCUUAAGAUAACUCAAAUAAAAGUGCACCCAGAAUUCAAAAAGAACGGCAAAGAAGCUGAAAACGAUCUCGCUCUUUUAGAACUGGAACAUCGUAUUGAAUAUGACAACUCAGUGAUGCCAGCUUGUUUACUGAAUGAAGAUAGAUUAGAAGAUUUUAUUGAAGAAAAUUUAGACAUCGUUACAACAGGCUGGGCUAUAAGUGGAGAAUUAUCUGUUGUACCAUUCGACAAACAGAAAAGCAAAGAUUGUGACAGUGAUGCACAUUCUGAAAAUAUAUUUUGCGCCAAUUAUAGUAACGAUGUAACUGUAUGUCCCAGCUACGGCAGUCUUUUCGUUACCAGAUCACCAGAGGACAUUUGGUGUGUUCGUGGCUUACGAACCGGUGAUCCUAGUAAGAAAGGAUUUUGUUAUAACAAUGGAGUUUUCUAUACAGAUCUGCUUCAAUACAUGAACUGGAUUGAAACGCAACAAUAGAGCGCUGUAAACAUUAUUACCUCAUUGUAGAAAAUAUUAAUAAGAAUUAAACAAAGAUAAUCUUUGAUUAUUAUUUGAUUUUUGAACCUAUCAUGAAUAUUUCUGAUAUCUCAUCUCAUAAAAAUCUCAUAUUAAUUAUGACAUAAUUGAUGAUGACGAUACGAAGGUGAUUGUCACAAUUAUUCGUGCUAGA